AUGGCAUCUCAAAAGAUCACCGCCGCCCUGGCGGCCAUUGAGUCGACUACUCACCCCCAAACCAAGCUCCAGCAGUACAAAGACCUCCUCGAUGAAAUGGUAUCCACCUCCUCCGGCCACGAACUGGCCCAAGACCUGGUCUACUUUCUCGACUCCGUGCUCGGCGAAGACAUCAGCAUCGUUGCUGCACGACCUCUCCUCGACUCCUUCAUCGCCAUCCUCCAAAAACUCGACGCGGAAACAAAGAUUAGGGUCGGACAACAUGCAGUGACCCUCUUACAGUCGCGGGCCACCUCCGUGGAGGAGCAGGACUCCCAGAUCCGCGAGAUCCUGGCCGAUGCCUAUGAGUCGCAGGAGGAAUAUACGGCCGCAGCGCGGGCGCUGCAGGGUAUCCAUAUUGACAGCUCUCAGCGGCUAGUUUCCGAUGCCGCCAAGGCACGCCUCUGGAUCCGGAUCGUGCGCUACUACCUCGAGGACGACGACACCACCUCCGCCGAGGCUUUUUUGAAUCGGAUCAAGAACCUUCCCAGCAAGAUUGAAGACCAUGACGCCAAGUUAUACUUUCAGCUGUCGCAGGCGCGCAUCCUCGACGCCCGCCGCCGCUUUUUGGAUGCCUCGCAGGAAUACUUCAGCGUCAGUCUGGCGCCCGGCGUGGACGAGGGCGAUCGCCUGACCGCAUUGUCAGCCGCUAUCCGAUGCGCAGUGCUCGCUCCUGCGGGCCCACAGCGCUCCCGCACUCUCGCCCGUCUGUACAAGGACGACCGCACCGCGUCGGUCGACGAGUUCUCCAUUCUCGAGAAGAUGUUCCUCGACCGGCUCCUGACAGCAGAGGAAGUCGCCGCUUUCGCCAACAAACUGGCCCCGCACCAGCUCGCUGUCACUGCUGACGGCACCACCGUCCUUGACAAGGCUGUAAUCGAACAUAACCUUGUCGCUGCAAGCAAACUCUACGAAAAUAUCACUGUGGACACCCUCGGCUCAAUUCUCGGCCUUCAAUCCUCGGGCGACUUGUCCGCAGGCGAAAAAGCAGAGGCGUAUGCCGCACGCAUGGUAGAGCAGGGCCGUCUACGCGGUCGCAUUGAUCAGAUCGAUGGAAUUAUUUAUUUCGACACCGAUUCUGCGGGCGCAGGGUCUAGUGGGAAUUAUCUUCGUCAGUGGGAUCUGGGAGUUCAGGAACUGGCUGAGGAUGUCGAGCGUGUGGCGGCUAGUAUCACGGAUAAAUUCCCGGUAUGUACAAGAUCGUUUUCGGGAUCAAUCUGA